CAGAGAGAGAGAAUAUAAAUAAGGGGAGGUCCAGCUGUCCAGCGGGUGACGUGGCUGGGCAGGUCGAAGUGCUUGCUGAGGACUUCCGAUGCUCUGAGUUUGAACCUCGGAACCAUGUGGUAGCCGGAGAACCAACUCUGGCAAGUUGUCUCUACCCACUCCGUGGGCACCACGAUGUGAGAUAUACGCAUGCGCGUGACGUUCAGUGCGCUGAAUUGGGGUCAGCGGGUUGAAUCCUUAGUUUCUUUUAGGCUUAUAAGAAAACUACUAGCCCUUAGAAGUAACCAGAAUACGUAUAGAAUACGUUUGCAUUUAUCACAAAAUUAAAUAUUUUAAAUGUAGUUCUUUUUCUAUUUUUUCUUUUCAAUUUUUUUUUUAAAUAAUAAUAAGUCAAACAAGUACACGAACUGGUUUUCUCUGGAGCCAGAACAACAAAAGUUUGGGGGAAAAUGCAGUCGUCGCCAGCUCUUAAGCCUAUAGUGAACACCUCACAAAACAAUGUGUUGUUUCUGAAAACAAAGCUUCCCUUAAUCUGAUGUCUGGAGACUAGGUAAUUGUUUUCUCUGCAGGACUAGGAGGUAAGGUUUCUCCUGGCCUUUAUGCCUGCCUAGGAAAAGGUGUCUGUGACUCUUCACUCCUAGAGAAAGAAGAAAAGCUGAGGGGAGCAUCCCUGUCUUCAAGAGAGGAAGGGUCAGAACACUAAGACUUGCUAGACGGGGUUCAGAGACAAGGCAGCCAGGGCCAGCGCUCACCCCAGGCCCGAUACGCCUCUGCAGAAGGGCGCCCCUCGCAGCCCUAGCAGCCCAUGAUCAGCUCCAGCGGCCCCCCUUCAGCACCCAGAGAUGCGGGCGGCGGGGCUGCUGCUGCUGCUGCUAGGGCUAGCUUGCACCGUUCACGGGCUCUGCUCGCCCACUGUGUUCUACAGAGAUUGCUGGAUCCGCCGCUUCCCGGGACUGCUCUUGGACCUGGAGGAGUCUCAGAGGCUCGGAGCCCAGUUCCUCAAGUACUACUCCGAGAACACCGGACAGAAAUGCGGCCGCAGCUGCUGCCUCCGAAAGGAUGUUUCCUGUAAUGUGGCUGUCUUCUUCCACGAUCCUAUCCACGACAAUGUCAACUGCCUCCACGUACACUGCCCAACCCUGGAGAGCUGCAUCCUGGAGCCCGGGACCAGCGCCAUACUGUAUAACAUAACCGCAGGCACAGACCCAGACUUGCUGGUUUUUGAGCAUUCAUCUCCCACCUAUCCGAACACCCGCUCCUCAUCUGAAUGGUGGGAUAGACUGCGGGUUCUAAAAGCUGUGAAUGUAGGUAAUGAAGGAGCAUACCCAGAUGUGGUGAACCACACGGUGCCACCCACCGAGGCCGCCGCGGCAACCACACAUCAGGAUCUGGGUGCAAGCACAAGUAUCAGUUAUUCCAGGAAGUCAACCACGGAUGUGGGGAUAAGGUUCACUUCUGCGAAUGUGUCCAUGGCUACCAGGGUCAACACGGUGUCACCAGGCACAGACUUCACCAGCAGUCCAGACAACAAGACUAUUUCUCCUUUCUUUGGACCCACAGACACAAGAGUUUCCCAGGUGCCCAGCCAUUCCCGACUCAACAGUAGCAAACCUGCAAUGAACAAGACGAAGGGGUCCCACAGCAGGAACCGCACAUCUGAGAACAAAGAGGCACGGGAUGGAGCACCAGCGUCUGCAGGGGCCUGGCUGGCUUGUGUGACCCUGGGUGCUGCCAUUGUCAGCCUCUGCUGCCGUGUGGUCAUCGGGGCGUCCAGAUGCUGUGGGAAGCAGCAGGGCUGGUCUCAAGGGUCAGGAUCUGGGUGCAAACGUGACACACUGAAGGGAAGCUCCUAAAGGCUGGAGUUCCUAAGGCUUUCUGUGAGAAAGAGCAUUUUAUAAAGGAAAUAAUAAAAAAAAAAAAGAUAUUCUAGGAUACCAAUAUCUACCCAAAGGCUUGGUAGAAUUGUCUACUUUCCUGAUGGUUUCCGUUUCCUGAAUUGAGAGGAGGGGAUCCUGAGUUAGAAGUGAUAGCACCUUUGAUCCCAGCACUCUGAAGGAGGCAGGAGGAUCGGAAGUUCAAGGUCAGUCUCAGUUACAGAGUGAGUUCCAGGCCAGCCCCAGCUACAUGGGACCCUGUCCAAAAGAAAAGGGAUGGACGAGGAGGAGGGGAAGAGACAGGGCUUACAGGGGCCUGGUUCAAAAGCCCUGUAACUGCUCAGUAAUUGCUCUUUGGGGAUGACUGGUUAGAGGUCUAGGCAAACGAGCAAGGCCAGGACUUCCUGUGUUCAUGUCCCCUCCACUGAUGCUUCAAUCCCUGGAACCCACGGGGUGAAAGGAGAGCAGGGUCCUGAAGUCGUCCUCUGACUUCUAAGAGUACUGUAGUGUAUGCAUGUGCGCGUGCGUGCACACACACACACACACACACACACACACACACACAUACAUAUAAUAAAUAUCUACCAUACAACUAAAAAAUAAACUUCUUAAAAAAAUAAAGUUAAAGGAAAAAAAUGACUAAAAGAACAGUUUCCUCAGACAUUAAAACAAAACAAACUGCCCAGUGGCUUAAAAGACGCUUCUCCUUCCCAGUAUUGACACUGGGUGAAAAGUAGCAAUUUCUUUUAAUAUAAAAAAGGUAGGGCCAGAGAGAUGGCGCAGUGUGUAAAAGGGCUUGCCUGACCGCAGGCUUCUCAGCUCCUGGGACUUACAGUACAAGAACAGACUCCCAAAAAGCUGUUGCUUCCACCCAGAUACCAAGAAGCUCCCACACAUACAAACAUGCAUGAGCAUACAUGCACACAUGCGCGCACACACACACACACAUUCACAUAUGUACCCUAACACCCAUGUACAUAUGUAGACUUAGUAACACAGAUUCACAUAUGCAGGCACACACACACAUACACAAGGAAGAAAAUGUUUUAUCAGUGGCAUAUCAAAUGAAAUAAAAAUCCGAUUAAAAAUGUAA